AUGCCGCUGGAAAGUGGCCAGGCCCUAAGCGGACUUGGCCUUCGAUCAUCUAGGAUAUCUGAACGUCUCAACCAGGUGGACUGUGUCCGCGCCAACGGGGUUGGAGACCAUAUCCCACUGCCGCAGCUUGUUGUCUGUGGUGAUCAGUCGGCAGGGAAGAGCUCUGUCUUGGUGGGGAUCAGUGGCAUUCCAUUUCCUCGUCAGGAUGGCCUUUGCACAAGGUUUGCUACCGAAAUCAUCCUUCGACAUGAGCCGAGAGAGCAGCGAACCACAGCCACCAUCAUACCAAACAUGUCGCGAGCGGAAGACGAAAAGACUAGGUUAAGCGCCUUUCGCCGCGACAUAAGCGACCUUGCAGACUUGCCUGGCAUCAUUGACCAGGCUGCAAGCCUUAUGGGUGUGAAAGACUCGCCAGCCUUUGCGGCUGACGUGCUCCGCUUAGAGGUUGCCGGCGAUACUGGCUUGCAUCUGACCCUUGUUGACCUCCCUGGUUUGAUCUCCGUCUCUGAAAAUGAGGAAGACGUGCAGCUCGUGGGCGAUCUGAGUAUCAUCCAGCGUGCUCGUCGCUUCGACAAGGAUGGCCUCCGGACUGUUGGAAUUAUUACGAAACCUGACCUCAUUAAUGAUGGCACUGAAUCGCGUGUUGCGAAACUGGCCAAUAAUGCCGAUAGGACAAAGUUAAAGCUUGGCUUUUUCCUUCUCAAGAACCCCAAGCCCUCCGAAUUGCAGAAGGGCAUGACCAUGGCGGAACGUCGGAAAGCGGAGCAGCAAUUUUUGCGAAUGAACCUUGGAAGAAGCUUGGACUCGAUCCUUCACGACCUCCUCGACCGUCACAUCGAGCGCGAAUUGCCCAAAGUUCGAAAGGAUGUCGCUCAACUGCUAAAUAAGAUUAACAAGGAAUUGAUGAAUCUUGGGGCGGAACGGACCUCGCCUGCCCAAAUACGCAUGUACCUCACACGCAUCAGCACAGACUUUCAGAACCUAGUGAGGGCAGGAGUUGAAGGAGUAUACGGUAGCCGAGACGCAUUCUUUCAUGAAAUCACCAACGAAAAUGAAUUUCACCGUCUCCGCGCUGUUAUUCACAUUGAAAAUGGAAAAUUUUCUAACUAUAUGAGGGAGCAUGGGCAAAAGCGUAGAGUGGUUUCGGCCGAAGACCAGGAAGAUGUUGAGCCGGAAAGUGGUCAGAUCUUAGUGACCGAGGAGGAAAUGUCGAUGUGGAUCAAGAAGAUAUACUACCGUACUCGAGGCCGAGAACUUCCUGGCAAUUAUAGCCCGGUCUUAUUAGCUGAAUUAUUUCACGCGCAAUCAGCACGUUGGAGUGACAUUGCUCGUGACCAUGUUAAUGUCAUUGCGGAUUUGGUUUCCCGCUUUGUACAAUCUGUUUUGGUCUCUGUUAUAAACGAUACCGAUGUCUGGGAAACCAUCUCUCGAUCUAUUAGCGCCACACUGGAUGAGAAUAAGGCGCGGAAUGACCGUUCCAAGAAAGACCUUGGCACCUCUCUGGACAACGCUAUCAACGAAGAUUGGAAAGGUCGAUUUCACGUUAGCAACUCGUCUUAUGAGAUCAGUCGGCUUGCGACAUCUCUCCAGAAUCAUCGUGUCAUCGUUGAUAUGGAGGAGCGGGCGUGCUCUGAAGCACAAACUGAUCUAGGUGCUUACUAUAAGGUUGCCAUGAAAACCUUUGUCGAUAAUAUCUGCCGCCAAGUUAUUGAGAGGCAUAUUAUUAAUAAACUCCCGGAUGUAUUCAGCCCGGUGACUGUCAGUGGCUAUUCAGAUGAAGAUCUACUCUGCCUGGCUGCGGAGUCACCUCAACUUAGUAAACGGCGUGUUGAGGCAACCCAACUAAAAAAGGGCAUAGAAGAUAGCCUUCGGGAAUUGCGUUGA